AUGGACGUCUUCGACACGAGCAAGCCCGACCGGUUCCAGCAGUCCCUGAGCAGCGCCUGGGCCAGCUUUCUCUCGGCCCAGCACUGCGGUCGAGAAGUCGAUGCUCUCAAAAAAGCACUAGACGCGCACACCCAGCAAACCACCGUAUCCAUCGCGAACCUGCAACGAGAGGCUGCCAGCCGACAUGAUCUUAUCAACACCGCUGUCGCCGAGUGCAAAUCCCAGCUCGAACAGCACGCCGCGCGGUUGCAGGACACGUGCGCUCUGCAAGCCCGUCUCGAUGCGGUUCAGCAAGAUAUCGCCCGUGGCAGGGAGGAUGCAUCGAAGACCAUUACCGAGCUGUCGAGGACCGUUGAUGCGCUUCGGGAGAAGCUCGAGCAGUUGCAGUCUGUCACGGCCUUGGACAUACCGGCUCUCCAGGAGCAAUGUCGCGCCGCACUGGAGAGGGUCGAGUUCUUGGAAGGGGAGUUGAGGGAGCUCCGCGCGGAGAAGACAGCUUCGGAGCAGAGACUGGCUGCGCUCGAAAAACAACUGGCGACAGGAAACGACAACCGCCAAGAGCUACCAAAAGCGACGGUCAGCUUCCUAGACGAGGUCCUCGCGCGCCGGGAUGAGUUGAUGCGGCUUCUGGACUCACAACAGCUUCCGAUACCGAGCGAGAGCUCAAGCGAUACCAUCAGCCAGCUCUCCGCGCAGCCCACAGUGAAUCCCGCAGAGUCCGGCUCGCAACCCCAGCCCAACCAUCCGGCUCCGGGCAGCAGCAGCAACCCCAACCAGGACAUCCGAUCGCUGUACCUCGUCUUCCGCGACCGAUACAAAACCAGCCCGCCCAAAUCCGACACCGCCUUCAUCUGGGACUUCCUCGACAGCAUCGAGAGCCCCGCGCUGUCGAAGCACAUCCAGGAAUCGCUAGCGGCGCUGCUGCCGGAGCACGUCGCGCGCAGCCGCGACACGCGGCGCAAAAACCCGCGACGGCUAGUCAUGCUCUCCAAGGGGCUGACCUGGAGGCGGUUUCGGGAGGCGCUGGUCCAGAUUCCCGGGCCGUCUUCUUGA